CCGCUGAACACAGAUUCAAAGUCUUCAAAGGCAGUUGUGUGCGUGACACAAUCACGUGACAAAGCUUUUGAGCAAUAAUUGACGACUAUGUCGAUCACUUGUUUCGCUGUAUGGUGGUCACUCUUUGUGAUAGACUUCGUCAGCCAAACGUUCAUCUACUGUGAUCCUAUGCACGGAACUUCCCCUGAGAAGAAAGUUGGGGGCGGUGGAGACGGCGCGAGGAUGAAGCUCUUUGAGCGCAAAGCGAGAAAGUACCAAUGGUUGAUUGGGCAAGAUUGACAUUGGAACUUACCCAUGAUUGUCCAAGGCACCUUUAUACGGGGAAAUGUGGGAUGUUUGUCAUGGCAAUGAUGUA